CUAUGCUGUCUUAGUCCCAUCUACGUUAGCAAUGAUGUCCAGUUGUACAUAUACACGCAAAUGACGACAAACAAAUUCCAGUACUCAGAUUACUUGGAAAGCUGCACAUGCAUCUUAAUCAGUCAUAUAAAUGUUACCAUUAUAUUUGUGCAUUGCCUGAAUUCGCCCAAUUCUUCACAAGUUGAAUCUGUACCAGACACUCUCUCUUUCAAUUGGUCUUGAGGCAAUUCGACAGGUGGGGCGGUGGUGCUGCUGAGAAUUUGGUGAGAAAAUGGCAAAUGAUGAGCUUCAAGAAAAACUCCUGAAGAAACCAUACUAUGAGAACUGCCCUGGUUGUAUGGUGGAUGAGAUGAAGGAGAGGCAGAGAGGUCUGCCCAUCACGAAGCUUCUAGCCAUAUGGACCGUUGUGCUAUCUGCAGCACUACCAAUUUCAUCUCUCUUUCCAUUUCUUUAUUUCAUGAUAAGAGAUUUGCACAUUGCAAAGAGGGAAGAAGAUAUCAAUUUUUAUGCUGGCUAUGUAGGUGCCUCGUAUAUGCUUGGAAGAACUCUGACUUCCAUGUUUUGGGGAGUAGUGGCUGAUCGAUACGGUCGAAAACCGGUCAUAUUCAUCGGGAUAAUCACAGUAGUUGUUUUCAAUACUAUAUUCGGUCUUAGUGUGAACUACUGGAUGGCAAUUUGUACAAGGUUUCUGCUUGGUGCAUUGAAUGGUUUACUCGGGCCAGUAAAGGCAUAUGCAAGUGAGAUUUUCCGCCAUGAGUAUCAAGCUGUGGCACUCUCUUCUAUUAGUACAUCAUGGGCCAUAGGUUUGAUCAUUGGACCGGCUUUGGGAGGCUUUCUUGCACAGCCUGCAGAAAAAUAUCCUGCUAUAUUUUCUCCAAAUUCUAUCUUUGGGAGAUUUCCUUACUUCUUGCCAUGCCUUUUCAUAUCGCUCUUUGCAUUGAUUGGGGCAGUGUGUUGUUUUUGGCUACCAGAGACAUUGCACAUGCAUCCUUCUAAUUGUUCACCUACUGAAUCCUAUGAUGCUUUGGAGACUGCACUACCAAAAGACAAUGGGAAAACAGAAACAAAAGAUGGAAGAGAAACUGAUUCUGGAAUAAGUCUCUUGAAGAAUUGGCCAUUGAUGUCAUCCAUAAUAGUAUAUUGCAUUUUCUCCCUUCAUGAUAUGGCUUAUUCAGAGAUAUUUCCAUUAUGGACAGAAAGCCCCAGGAAGUUUGGAGGUUUAAGUUAUUCAACUCAAAGUGUUGGUGAAAUUCUAACAAUUACAGGAUGUGGUCUUUUAGUUUUCCAGCUAUUUUUGUAUCCAUUUGUGGAGAAGAUGCUCGGCCCAAUUAAGAUUGCUCGAAUCUCAGGAGUUUUGUCAAUACCUCUGCUGACAAGUUACCCCUAUAUAGCUAUGUUAUCUGGAGUUGCCCUCUCAGUUGUCCUCAAUUGUGCAUCACUGUUGAAAAAUGUCUUAUCUACCUCCAUUAUCACUGGUUUGUUCAUACUCCAGAAUAAUGCAGUGGAACAACACCAAAGAGGUGCUGCUAAUGGCAUUGCCAUGACAGCAAUGUCAUUGUUCAAAGCUGUAGGUCCAGCUGGUGGAGGUGCAAUCCUUUCUUGGGCACAAAAGCGUCAGCAUGCUGCCUUCUUUCCAGGUGUACACUUAGUCUUCUUCAUCUUGAAUGUAAUUGAGGCAAUCGGAGUAUUGAUGACCUUCAAACCAUUUUUAGCUGACUGGAGUCAAUAUGAGUCGCAGAAUUGAAAGUCAUGAUUCAGUUGAACUUCCAUAAUGCAAUGAAUCAAAGCGCAUAUUAAGCAUGAUUCUUUUGCACAGUAGUUGGUGCUGAAUCUGGUGGCACCAGAAUCAGAAUGCUCAUACUAACUGGUAGAGAGAAGGUAAUUGCUGCCGUUGUUGGGAGGGGAAUCAUUGUCAUAAGGUCAUUCAUCACUUGGAAGCAAUUAGCAUUUCGAAAAUGCAAAGUUUCAGUUUACAGGUCAGAUAUAGAUAUAGGACAUGCAUAUGAAGAUAUAACACUGUUGUAAUUAACUUUGUAUAACAAUGAAUUACCAAAAUAAAAUACAUAUGUGUGUCUGUAUGUUAGUAUGUUAAGUAUUUUUGUCCAAUCAGUUAGGCUUCAGCUACCAAUCAAGUUUGUCUCCUCUUUGCUCCCUUUUCAAUCCGUGUAUUGGAGAAAAAGCAGGUCAUCUGUUGUGGCA